UACAACCCACAAGGGCAAGCCAUUGUGGAACGUAUGCAUCAGAAUAUUAAAGCACAGAUUCAAAAGUUAAGGUCAGCAGGUAAGUAUACAACUCCCCAUCAUUUGCUUAGCCAUUCCCUAUUCGUUUUGAAUCAUGUAAAUACAGAUAACCAGGGGCUUACAGCCGCCGAAAGACAUUGGGCAGAGAAGGAGAGUGCUCCUAAACCCCUGGUCAGAUGGAAAGACCAAUUAACUGGCCUAUGGAAGGGGCCAGAUGUGCUAAUUGCCUCUGGACGAGGCUAUGCUUGUGUUUUCCCACAGGAUGCCGAAUCACCAAUUUGGGUCCCAGACAAACUCAUCAGGCCAGCCAAAGGAAACAGACAUCCGUCCCCCACGCCGAAAGAGGCCGAACCGCCGGAUAAUGCGGAACCUGGCCAAAAAGAUCAAGGCGACUCGCCUGGAGCCAAAAAUAAAAUCACGCCAGACGCCGACGUGGACGCAGCUUAAAACCCUGACAGCUCAGGCAAAGGAAGUAUUGAAGGCUGCACAUGCCCCGGAAACGGCAACCUUGCUGUUUGUGGCUAUGCUUGCAGUCAUGAGUGCACCCACCGCUUUAGGGGAAAGUUAUUGGGCUUACUUACCAAAGCCACCCAUAUUACAUCCUGUAGGAUGGGAGGUGUCGGAUCACAUCAAGGUUUUAACCAAUCAAACAUUAGUGAUAGGGGGAUCGCCUGACUUUCACCUUCUAAGGAACAGCUCGGGUUAUGUAGAUUUUGAGGGAAAGUCCGAUUCUCUGCCCAUUUGCUUCUCUUUCUCCCCUUCGGUGCCAGUGGGCUGUUUCCAAGUAGGAAAAAGGGUGUUUAACACAGAUACCCCCACCUUGGACAAUACCAAAUCAGAUGGAAAGGGCAAUGGGCGACGUAUGUGGGAAUUGUGGAUGACCACCGUGGGCGAUAAAGAAGAAAAAAGACAACAUUAUACCACAGCAAAGAAUCUUCCGCCGCGCUACCCCCAUUGCAGAGCAGCAUUUAAAAAGGACGCCCUUUGGGAGGGAGAUGAGAAUGCUUUCCCGCGCUGGCUUCCAUGUGCCUUCCCUGACAAUGGGGUAAGAUUCUCUCCCUUAGGCGCUGCUGGACUUCUCUGGGACUUCUCCAUGUCCUCACCUGAUAAAGAUCAGAGCAAUUAUCUCUCCACCAACUCAAAACUUUAUGGGAACUACGUGCCUCCAGUUGGAAAACCAAUCAAAAGAUGGUAUGAUGCGGGGUGGGUAGAACCGACAUGGUUCUGGGAGCCACUCCACACGGACCUCCCUGAUAGAUUGAACAAACCACUGAUAGAACAUCCAGAACUGUUCCGACUGGUUGCUUCUAGUGAGAAACUUUUGCUGAAGAAACCAGGAGCUGCUGAUUAUGAUGCUGUUUCAGUUUCUGCUUGUGUUACCUAUCCCUAUGCAAUAUUAGUAGGAUUGCCACAAUUGAUUAGCAUAGAUAAGGUUGAAUCUAUUUUUAGUAUUAAGUGUAUAUCAUGUAAG